UUUACAUAUAUUAUUGAAAUAUUUUACUAACACUUUAGUUGAAAGAAUGGUAUCAAAGUUCUUACUUUUUUAUUGCAUUUCAAUGCACGUUAUUGUACAUUCAUCUGCGGUAUAUAAUGCAGCAGACGAAUCCAUUGCAGUGAGAGCAAAAAGAAAUUUACUAUGUAGAGAAAAACAGUAUUUACAAAAACAACCGAUGAGUAGUGAAUUGAGAAAUUUUAUUAAAAGACAUAAGCGUAGCGCAAGCUCUACCAAAUCGAGGAUUAAACACUCUAUAGAAGAGAAUAUGUAUGUCUUUAAGGACGGAAACAUAGUACAGCUAAACAAAAUCACAAAAAGAAAUAAGGACAAUAGAAAUAAUAGUACUAAUACUAAUACUAAUAAUACCAUUGACGUUAGACAAAAGGGACAAUAUAAGGUGCUACCGUUAAUAGUACCGCUCACACCAGAUCCCUGUGUAGAAAGUACUCGCACUACAACAGCAAAACCAGCAGUUAAAACCACUUGCAUAGCCGUAACUGUAACUAAUACCCCAACCAGCAAUACACCUUUUGUUUUAGGCCGUCACCACCAACCAGUUGAAGAAAUAGAUGUAGAACAAGAAGAAUUCGAAGAGGGGAAACAAUCAACGGAGCAUAUAUUAAGUAAAGUCAUACAAGAUGUCCAGGAGUUAAUUAAAUUACAGAAUGAGCCGAAACUUGAUGGUGAAUCAACUUUGUGUAACGUUACAGGUGACUGGGAUAGUUACGCGGGAGGAAUGCAAAUUAGAAUUGUACGAGGAAAUCAACUGAAAACUCUCAAAGCUACCAUAGUACCAAAGGAACCACCUGGAGAAGGAUUUCUAGCUGAUAGCGACUGGAAAGUUACAGCCUUAAUGCCUUUUCAAUAUUCUUAUAUGCUAGCGAUUAUUGCUUUAUCUGAAAAAGGUAAACGAGUAGCGAUGUUUUGUGGAGAAUGCAGAAGCUGUGAAGGAUCUGAUACUAUUAGUGGAUACUGGAUGAUACGACGGAAAUCGAAGAAUUGUAAAGAUCGAGAAGAAGCAAAUCAGUUUAUCAGCGACGUUUUGAGAAAGAAUAACAUUAGAAAAUUACAGAAGGAACAUCUUGCAGUGAUUUCACCUACUGCUGCGCAUCAUGUUGCUAAUGAAGGCAGUGAUAUUUAAUGUAAUUUUUUAAUUUUUUAUUAAUUUUGAAUUACUUCUCUUUAAUUUUUUUCUCAUACAAUUCGUACUUUUAAUUUUGCAAAUACAUAUUUUUUUAUAAACAUU